AUGGCCGCGCGGAGAAAGCGCCAGGUCGGGGAUUUGGGCGUGGAUGGCCACGACUUGCUCCGUUCGGAGUGCCCUGGGCUCCCUGCGAGGAUCCAUCCGUCCCACCAGAGGCUCCAGAGGCUUCGGGGAGUCUUUUGGUUCCGUGGAUGUGGGGGCUACGCAGCUUCCACUUUUAUUCAGCUCUCUAUGCCCUGCCUGGAGAAGAUCUCGGAGCAUGGGGAGAGAGUUCUCAAAGCGCUGGAGGAGCAGUCGCAGAACGAGCUGGCGCUGCGCCUCGCGCAGGCCUCCAUCGGGGAGCUCACGGCGGAGAUCGACGCGCACCUGGAGGCGGAGGCGCAGCUCCAGGAAGAGAUGAGCCAGUUGAACGCGAGCAUCCUUGCCGUCACUCAGAGUGCCCAGGACGCGGGCGGAGAGUUGCGACGGCUCCAGGAGAAGCAGCUGAUCAAUGCCAAGCUGAAGGACUCGGCCCUCGCCGUGCGCAUCCUCGCGCAGGCCAUCGCCAUCCUCGUGGACUUGCAGGCCUCUGGAGCCCUGGCGGGCGGCGCGAGGGAGCAGGCGGCCGCCCAGGCAAAGGCCGCGCUCGGGUCGGCCAAGACAUCGUUCGAGGCGCAGGGACAUAGGGCGCUGAAGAUGCGCGGCGAGUUGGCGCAGGUCGCUAACGAGCUUGCGAUGAACUCCGCCGAGGCUGUGCGCACGCAGAAGCGUGAGCGCAUGAAUCUUGAGAGCGCCUUCGACUCGCACGCCUCGCAGCGCUCGAGGCUCGAGGAGAGCAGACGAAUGCACGAUGUCGAGGUGAAGCAGUCGACCACCUACCUGGCCAGCCUCGAGGAUGAGUGCAAAACCAACAUCAACGAUCUGCAGGACCAGGAGCGGAAGGAGCUGGUGUCCGCCUGCCGCAACGGAGUGCUCCUCCUCACCUCGGGGCCCAGGAACGCCAUCUCCUACAACGUCGCCACGAAACUUACCCGCAUCGGAUUCGCCACUGAAUUCCUGGAGCUCGACGCGGGCUUCCUGGGCCGCGAGCUGUGCCGCGCGCUGCUGCGCGGGGAGGGGCCGCGGGCCGCCGGCGGCGGGGCCGCGGAGAUCGAGCGCAUCGUGCUGUUCGACGUCGCCCUGCCCGCGGGCGGAGCCGGCGAGGCCAUCGCCCGAAGAAGGAGGAAGGGCACGGGCAGCCCUGAGAUCUGGGCGCUGCUGAACCCCCGGGUCGAGAGCAGGGCUGGCGACAUCACGGACCCCGCGGUGUGCCGGGCCCUGGUGUGCGAGGCCGGGGAGGGGCCGCUGUCCGUUUUUCACAUGGCCGGGGUGAUGAGCGGCCAGGCCGAGAAGGACUUCGACACGGGCUUGCGGGUGAACCUGGACGGCACCCGCCACAUUCGGGGCCUGCCGCCAGCGCGCUGGGCCGCGGCCCGUCUUCGUGUUCUGCUCCUCCCUGGCCGUCUUCGGGGAGACCUACGACGGCGGGCCGACCAGGGACACCGACAAGAUCGUCCCCAAGAACACGUACGGCAUGACGAAGGCGUGCGGGGAGCUGCUGGUCAACGACUACACCCGCAAGGGCUUCGUCGACGGCCGCUCGGCGCGGCUGCCCACGGUCGUCGUGCGCCCGGGACUGCCCAACGCCGCGACCACGUCCUGCUACUCGGGCGUGGUCCGGGAGCCGCUGCACGGCGUGGACGUCGCGCUGCCAGUGGCGCGGGACCUGCCCCAUGCGGUCACCAGCACCCGGGCUCUCGUCCGCAACCUCUGGACGUCCCCCGGCCGUCCUCCACGACGCCGAGUGGCCAGAGGGCCUCGUAG